AUGGAGAUCAAUACUCCUCCUUCACCAUCCCAUGUUGUUAUAGCAAUUGAUGCGACUAAGGAUCGUAACGAACGUGAGUUUAGAGUUACCAUAAAUAAUAUACGAGUAAGGGGUGACAUUCUUCGUGGUGGGGAUACGCUCCUUGUACUUGGAGUUCUGCAUAGAGUCACUCACCCUUUGGGUUACCAAAGCAAACCAUGUCCAGAAUUUUUUGGAACAAGCAUCCGCGCAAUGGAGGAAGAAAUCUCAAAGAAGGUUGAUGCAUAUGUAAAUAUGCUCCAAUCAAGUGCUGAUGAUUGUGAAGACCAAGGGGUAACCAUUGACGUUAAAAUUACAGCUGGAAUUCCCAUAAGGAAUGUUAUUCUACAAGAGGUGCUUACCUCUAAGGCAGCAUGGGUUGUACUUGAUAGGCACCUUAGACGGGACUUGAAGUUUUAUGUUAAACAGAUACCCUGCAAGGUUGCAUUAGUUCAAGAUAGCUUGAAUGUGGACAUUAUGAGAAAUCAAACCAUAAGUGCAACAGAUGAUGUAGAACACAAGGAGUUUUAUUCCAUGUCCAGGCCUGUACCCCUAUCAAAUCUUCACAUUAGAGAAAACAAGCAACGUACUGCUUUAAAUGUUGUUCAAAAGCAACAAAGAAGUGCCCUCCACAAUAAAUACUCAGGAGCACCUCUUCUUUGUGCUGCUUGUGGGAUAAGGACUGAAUUGUAUAUCCAAGAUUCUGUGGCAUUCACUUGUUCUGAGAUUCAACAAGCCACUGAUGACUUUGCCAAGGGGAACUUGCUAGGAGAAGGUGGAUAUGGUCUUGUAUAUAAGGGUAAGCUUAAAGAUGGACAGCUGAUAGCAGCAAAGGUAUGGAAACAAGAAAGUACCCAAGGAUUUGCUGAAUUUAGUUCUGAGGUAUCUGUCUUAAGUUUCGCUCGUCAUAAGAACAUUGUCAUGCUGCUGGGUUAUUGUUGCAAGGAGAACCUCAAUAUUUUGGUAUACGAGUAUAUAUGCAACAAGUCUCUGUAUUGGCAUUUAUUUGAUAAUGCAGAAAAUGUUCUUGACUGGCACCAAAGACGUGCUAUCGCAAUUGGCACAGCAAAGGGAUUGCGUUAUCUACAUGAAGAAUGCCGCGGAGGUCCUAUUAUUCAUAGGGACAUGCGUCCAAGCAAUAUACUGCUCACACAUGACUUAGUUCCAAUGCUAGGUGACUUUGGUCUUGCCAGAUGGAAGAUAAAUGAUGAUACUUUACAGACAAAAAUUCUUGGAACAUUAGGUUACCUUGCUCCGGAGUAUGCAGAGAAUGGAUUUGUUUCAGUGAGGACAGAUGUCUAUGCAUUCGGGAUAAUUCUGCUACAACUAAUAUCAGGACGUAAAGUAAUUGAUCUGAAAAGCAAAGGAAAACAUUUGUCUCUAAGACAGUGGGCAGAACCAUUGAUCGAAAAGCUUGCUCUACAUGAGCUCAUUGAUCCUCGUAUUAGGGAUACAUAUGACACAUAUCAACUGUACCUCAUGGCUAAGACAGCUUACUUAUGCGUGCAAGAAAGCCCUGAAAUGAGGCCAUCAAUGGGGGAGGUUUUGCGCCUUCUUGAAGGAGAAAACAAUCAAUUCCACCACUUGAAGGAAAAGUUUGUACCUCGUUAUACAAAGCGAUGA